CAUGCAAUACGGUAAAAAACUUGCAGAGGAUUUAUCAAGAUCAAAGAUAGAGAUAAUGGAAGAUUUCUAAAGAGUAACUGAGUCAGUAGAGUCAUUAGACAGCUUCUUGCCUUAAUUUCAUUGUGAAAAUAGAGAAUAAUUAGAAGUAGAGAGGAGAGUUGUUGCAUAUCUGAGAUCAUUGGGAAUAUAGUUCAAGACUGACCCAGCAAAGAAAGAAUAAGAUUAUUAGUAUUUGCAUUAGAAUAUUAUAGUGAAAAGCCAAAAAAGAGUGCCAUUAUAUUUUAAUAAACUAUCGGUGAAUCUCCUUAAAUAGGUCCAAUGACAGUAAUAAAAUUUGGAGGUGAUUAAAGUACUACAUAGAGUGAUUAUGGAAGUUGGUUAAAUCCAUUUAAGGCAAGAAAAUAAUAAUCAUUUGAACUAUGAG